UUUGAGGAACGCCAGGGGUGUUGCAGCGAACGCUCUGCUGCAAAAUCAUCCAAGCGAUGCGCGCCUCCCAAGAAUAAACCCAGUUAUGGCGUGCUCAUGAUUUGUGUGUAGAAUCGAAUGUCAUGUUUGGGUAUUAUGGACUGUGAAUUACAGGCGCAAUGACAAAUUCCUAUUUGAUGCGGACAGUAUGAUACUCAGACGUGUCUAGAAUCUCAGGUUCUCCAGUGAUGGGCGCUCGAGUGUGUGACGUUUCACCGCGAGAUGAUCACAAUGUAUGAAUACGGCGCAGCUUACGUUCAAGCGGUCGGCCGCGAACAGAUUCAAUAAUUACUGGCGACAUUGGGAGUUAUUUUUCUAACGGAAAAAAAUGUUUUUUAGGUUCUGCAUUUUGCAACAUAGUAAAUUUGUUCGUUCUCUCUCCUUGCGGGUGAGCGCGCGGCCGCAUGGACCUGGGAGAUGCGUGACGCGCCUGUACCGCAUCUCCUGGAUGGCAGGUAGGCUCCAUCACAUCUCUGUGAAAAAAUAGGCUAUGGAAAGAAAGAAAUGCGGCGACUGCUAUAGGCUAACUGUUUGUGUGUUCGAGAGAUUUUGAUGAGGCUUUUUCCUUUUCUUUCAGUUACAAGUAGGUUAGUUUAACACUGUCGGCCGAUUGUCAGCAUUCAGUCUUAAAUAGGCUUCAAAAUUUGAGCUAUUAACAGCUCGCGCUUGCCGCCCUUUUUAUCACUAAAAUGUAUCAAUUUGUCUAUUUCUGCGAAAGUGUAGGCAUACUGUGGGAAAAUGUAAAAAUGUCCACUAGACGAUGUGUCCUAACGAUAAAGAUGGGAUAAUAAGCUGGGAAUUGUGUCAUGACCGACAAUAUUAUAGGUUAAUUAGGAUACAACAACUAAAUCCGUUGUAGGCUAUCGUUUCAUGGACUAUUUUAAAUUGGCUGAAUACAUUUUUUUUUAAAUGAAUUAACCCGCACCAUGGCUGUCAGAUUUGUGAGAUGCAUGAUGUUUGUUGGCAGACGUGGCCUAGUAUAAGCUCCCCAAUAAUGGGGUCAGCCAGCCAGCUAUCAAAUGUGACAGGACACUGGUAAGGCAGCCUGUCUACUGCUUUAAUAGCCUAGUUAAAAAUAGGCAUUAAACCAUUAAAUGUUUCUAUACGAUGGAUAUAUUUUUAUUACAAGGCCUUAUCUAAAUAGAUUUGUAUUAUUAGAUAUUUUCAUAUAGGGCCUCCUGGUCGCAAGAAAGCAUGCAGUGAUGAUGCUAUAUAGAAAAGAUGGCAUCGCACGUGUGUGAUGUGACUACUCGCAGGCAAAGGAAAGUAUGAUCCUGAUGAGCACGGGUUCGAGGAUGUGCCCCAGAGCCUCUCAGGGCCUCCGCACUUAUUGCGCGCAUCUGCUGGUAGCUUCCUUGCUGGUGAUGUCAAGCUCACCUGUUGCAGGCGGUGUAGACUCCAACGGAACGACAGCAGCACGGUCCUCAUCACGGUCGUCAUCACGGUUGUCAUCGUCACCCUCUUCCAGAUGGCCAGGUGCUAGCCCACCCAAAGACAGUGGUCACCCUGGUAACACUGACGCUGCCUCAGUGGAUGAUGAAGCUCAGGGCAUACACCUCCUGCUGAGACCCCCGGACCUGCUGUCCCCCAGUCACCCCCCUCCUCUGCCCCCCCACAGCCAGCCCACCCUCACCCCUCCUCCGCCCUGGGAGCACGCCCCCUCCCUAGAGGAGGCCUGGGGCUCUGGAGACUACCUGGAGACACUCUCCUUCAUGGACCCAGAGGGGGAGGAACUGGCCCUGGCCACAACAUUACCCAGCCACACCUACGACCCUGGCGACGGGGCCUCCUACGACACCUCCUUCCCCUCCCGCCCAACACUCCCACUGUCCUCCAGCCUCCUCCGACCCUCUACGUCCCCCACCUCCCCCCUCCGGGAGGGCCUCCCCUUCACCCACCCUGCUGAACCUGAGGGAUACCCUCCCUGGUAUGAAGAAGACUAUGACCUGGGGGACAUGUUUCCUCUAGAGCCCACGGAGCUGCUGCUGCCGGAUAUGAACAGUCUGGAGUAUUACACCAAUCUGCUGGCCAGAGAGAGAGAUGAGGAGAAGAACAGGGAGAGGGAACAGGAGACAGAGAGGGAGAGGGAGCGAGAACGGGAGAGAGAGAGAGAAAGAGAAAGGGAGCGAGAACGGGAGAGAGAGAGAGAAAGGGAGCAAGAGCGAGAGAGAGAGAGGGAAAGGGAGCAAGAACAGGAGAGAGAGAGGGAAAGGGAGAGAGAACGGGAGAGAGAGAGGGAAAGGGAGAGGGAUAAAGAUGGGGAAAGAGACAGAGAUGGAGAAAUUGUCAUCCCACCCCCAAAGACCACCCCUAAACUCGGCAUCACACCCACCGCUACCACAAAAACACACACCCACACACACACUCAGUCCCCGUCCCCCUCCCCUAGCACAGGGCCCCCUCCAGCCCAGGAUCACAAGCACCCCCUUGUCCCCUCAGCGGGUCCCACCCCGCCCCUGACCCUCUCACCCACUCCCUGGGAUGGUCAAGGUACCCUCACCCCUGGAGUUAGACCCACCUCCAGAGUACCCCUUCAGCCUCCUGUUCUGCGGCCCAGAGUCCCCCCAGCUACCCCUGGCAGACACCCUCCACUGCCCCCCUCGAACACCACCAGCCUGGCUCGCCCCCCCAUGCUGCGACCUCCAGGGAGGGACCCCAUAAAACCACCACCCCCACCACCCGUGACCGAGGUCCCCGGCAACCGACCGACGACCACUACCAAGGCAACCACUGUUACCACGACAACCACUGGCACCCUGGCGAGCAUCACCUGGACUCCCCCAGUUCAGGCCCCUCCAGGACGCCAGUACCUGUGUAACGUCACCAAGCCUGACAUGUACCUGGUCAGAGUGGUCCUGCCUAAGUCUGCCUCCACGGUGGGCUUUGGCCAGGUCAGGGACAUCUUGAAGAGGGAGUUCAACUGCUCAGUGGAGCUGCAGGUCCUGAGAACUCCGUCUAGCUUUGCGUUCCGUGCUGUGGCGGGACCUCUGAUCUUCACCGCCAUGUCUGUCAUCAACGCUCUGCGCCAGUCAACACCAGGCUCCUCCUCGUUCCCCACUGUCUCACCCCUCUACAGCAUACCUGAUCACAAGUACCAGAUACACUCUGUGCUGCAGUUCGUGCCCAGUCACGUGGAUGUGCGUGUGUGUAACUUCAGUGAGCGAGUGGAGAGAGGAUUGCUGAUGGCCUACACAGAGACACGCAGACGCACACACAAAUUUGGCAACGUUACUGUACAGCUUCUGAACAUCACCAUGGGGCAGGCCAAGCCACAGGGUGACCAGAAGGUUCCGGUGGACAUCACGUUUGCGUUGCGUGAUGGACGGGGCUACCUGUUAGGGUCAGAGGUCAGCGCUCACCUGAGACACCUAAGCACGGUGGAGUUCAGCUUCUACCUGGGCUUCCCCGCGCUGCAGAUCGCUGAACCCUUCCACUACCCCGAGCUGAACGUUUCUCACCAUCUACGCUCCUCUUGGGUCCGCACAGUGUUACUGGGUGUCCAGGAGCAGACGGUGACUGAGCGGAGCUUCAAGGCUCGUCUGGAGCGCCGUCUGGCCCUGCUGCUGGAGGAGGGGCUGGGGGAGGGGAGUCAACGACCCCGCUGGAAGAGAUCCACGGCCGUGGGUAACAACAGCUUACAGGUGGUGCGUGUGUCGAGACUGGCAGGUUCAGGGCGUUCUCUGGAAGUGGUGUAUUUCGCGGAGGGACCAGGGGGGGAGAGAGUUCCUGCUGAUGCCACCGCUGCCACCCUCAACCGCCUGGAGCUGCAACGGGCUGCCAUCGUACUGGGGCACCGCGUCCAGAGACCCCUUGCCCAGCCUGUGGAGACGCUGACAGUGCCCCCGUCUGAGACUCAGAGCAGCAGUGUCUGGCUGAUUGUGGGGGUGGUGGUGCCUGUCCUGCUGGCUAUCUUCAUCAUCAUCAUCCUCUACUGGAAACUGUGUGGCUCGGAGAAGCUGGAGUUCCAGCCUGACGCCAUCAACACCAUCCAGCAGAGACAGAAGCUGCAGGCUCCCAGUGUGAAAGGGUUUGACUUCGCCAAGCUCCACCUGGGGCAGCACAGUAAGGAUGACAUCAUGGUGAUCCAGGAGCCUGGUGCCCUCCCUGUGCCCAUCAAAGAGGCCACCCCCUCUGAAGGAGGGGAUGUCAACACUCCCAAAUCCAAGGGCUCCUCCACCAAGGCUGCCCGCGCUAACCGCCGUAGGGGGAGACUGUCCCCGUCAGAUGGUGACUCGUUAGGUAGCGACCAAUCGAGUGGCAGAGAGUCUACAGAGGAGACCACCAGACAUGUGGCCACGCCCCACGAGGGGAAACCGCACCGAAACAAAACGCCCAAGAAUGGGAGGAAUAAGAUGGUCCCUCCCACAGGCAGUGGUCCAGAUGAGCUUCUCUCCUCUUCCUCCAUCUUCGACCACGUGGACCGUUUGUCCCGAGGCUCGUCUGACGGCAGGGGUCGCCAGGCCAACAAGGUCCAGUUGAUUGCCAUGCAGCCCCGGCCCAGCCCACCACAACGCUCACACAGCCCCACCCUCACAGAGAGGGUCAGCGCAGAGGUGGCUCUGAGACAUAAGUCGGAGAUCGAGCACCACAGGAACAAGCUGCGUCAGCGGGCUAAGAGGCGGGGCCAGUGUGAGUUCCCCUCUAUGGAUGACAUCCUGGAUGCCUUCGGCCAGGCGCAGGAGGAGGCGGGGCAGGGAGGGUGUCCCCAGCGCCUCUACAGCUCAGCCCAUGACCACAUGGACAGCAUCCUGCACACCGACCCCCCCUCGCCCCCCACCCCAGGGGAAUCCAGGAAGAGGGGGAGGCGCUCUCCUCGGGGCCGGCGGAGGCAGCAGGGGAAUGGCAGUCUACCAGACACAGACAGACUGACGGACAGAGACCGCCUGCUCACAGACAACAGCGCCACCUACAGGAAAUACCCUGGACUCAACAAUGUGGCCUACAUGUCGGACCCGGAUCUACCGCCAGACCACGGCAGCCCCUCCCCUAACGAUGAGGUGUUUGACCACGCACCUCCCCCGCCUCCCUACGUGCCCCCCCAGCCGUCCAUCGAGGAGGCGCGGCAACAGAUGCACUCCCUAUUGGACGAUGCCUUCGCCCUGGUGUCACCCUCCUCCCAGGGCAGCGUCAGUGUCGGGGUCACGCAGGUCAGCACCGCCCUGCCGAGCCCCUCUCCCUCCCCACAGACACGCCCAUCACGCCAGUGGGGCUCCUACCCCGCAGCCCCCACACACAGCCCCUUCUCUGCGAGGUAUGCAGAGUUGGGGAUGUCUCCCUCGUCAGUACAAGGCCUGUUGCAGAGGCAGGGCCUGGGUUCGGGGGCCUAUGUUACUGCAGAGGAGCAGCUGCAGGAGUCUGUCUACGCCAACAGGGGGCAGUAUGAAGAGCCUCCCUCCUCCUCCAGACCUCGGCCUGUUGGGGGGAGCACAGGUGCUCAGCUGCAUCACCUGACUCAGGUGGGCUUGUCGAGCCGGAUCAGUGCGUACCCUGGGGUGGGCCGCAGCGUCUCUGGGCCAACAGGCUCCAGCUGGAACCAGCAGCCUUUAGAACAGGACCUCUCCGGACCUGGAGCCAGCAGAGAGAGUGUGCUGUCGUUCCCUGAGUUCUCCUCCCCCGCUGUGUUUCAGAUGCCCAGCUCCUCUCUGGGAGACCAUUCUGUCCCCCCGAUGCUCCUGGCCCCUCCCACUCCAGAGUUCCCCCUAGACGAGUCCUCCCCCUCAGCCCAAAGCUCCGCCUCCCUCAUCAAGGCCAUCAGGGAGGAGCUACGACGACUCGCCCAGAAACAGGUUGCUGUGGCCGGCACCUACUCCUAGACCAGUGUGAGCCCCUACACCAUAACUGGUCCGAACCAGUUUGAACUACUCAUCCUAAACAAGUAUGGACCAAUCGGAACCACUACCCCAAACUAGUUUGAAACAGUUAGAACCACUUGCCCUAAACUGGUCUAAAGAGGCUUACACUGCUUUUCAUAAGCUGGUCUGAACAAGACUCAGCCAGUCUGCAACAGAUACGAUUUCCUUACAACAAUAACAUCACUGUUCUUUAAAGGGUUCUUCUCUCUGUAAAGGUUCCUCAUUCUACAGCACAGUGUUUCCACUGGACGGGAGGAUCGAGUGCUUCCGCGAGAGAGGCCGUCUCUCCCCUUCCUGACCUCCUGUAUGUGGUGCUAAACCUCAGCGUAAUGUCUCCUGUCAUUAAGUUAACCACGCAUUGCCUUCAACAUACAUUCAUCAUCAGCCAUGUUGGUGAGGUCUUCUCCAUUCAUCAGCCAUAUUGGUGAGGUCUUGCACUGUAGAGAGAGUUGGAGACUUGGAGUGUAGUGUACUUUGGGCAUGGGGGAUUUUAAUAUAUAGAUGAAAAAAGUAUAUAAAAAUGAAAAUAUUAUAUGUAAAGAGAUAUAAAAAUCCCAAGUGAGCACAAUAUGAAUUAAUAAGAGUGACCAAUGGAGUAUUGAAAUUGUAUUUAUUUUUUAUUGCUCUGAAAGUAUACUUUUAAAUCCUUUAUUUUGACCAAAGACCAAUACUGUUUGGAUGUUCUAUGGCUGUAUUCUCCCUGUGUUAGCGCUCACUUUUGCCGUGGAGCUGAUCAUAACGUUGUUUAUCGCAGUGGAGACGUCGCUUAGCAUAGUCGCUCGCUGCUCGUGCGUUCAUGUGUUGCUGGUACAAAAAUUGAGGAAAAAAAGGUAUUAUACGUUGCAGAUAUAUAACGUGUGUAUAUAUAGCGCUUUUCAGUAGGUGUCAAAAGACUUGACAUGGGGCUAACCUAUCCCAUCCACCACCAAUGUGACUUUCUGCGGCAGAACUCUCACAGAACAAAGGCAUUUCUGUGGUGACGAUUGACUGUCGAAUUGUGAUAGUGUUUCUCUUGGUGGGAAGAGCUGGAAAACCACUCAUGCUUGACAACCACAUAAAAUAGGCUACCUGUGAAAUUUAAGAUUGAAAUAGGAAUGAUUUUACACCACAUCGACAUAAGGUGAUUUGGGGAAUUUUGAUGGGAUGGUUUAUAGUGAGUGAAAAACACCUACAUGUCUAAUUUCCCCCAAAUAGCUUCCUCUCCUUAUCUCCUUUCCUUAGUCAACUAUUAUCCAAAGGGAUGUAAAGGUGAACCUCUCGAAGAGGUGAAUCUAGGAAACAAAGCCAUUUAGGACAAAUGGACAUACUAUACUCUAGCAGUUGGUGGGUUUGGUGGUGGUUAAGUGCUCUUUGUCUCCAUCUGCUGGUGGUAUGGCUGCAUGGCUGGCUUCCAUCUUUGCUUCAGGUUGUUUUCUCUGAGGUCUUAUUGUAUUGAGUUUGGUCAAUGGUCAGUAAUGUGUGGGUUUGUGCAGGCAAGAGAAGGCUUGCCCAUCCAGCUCUGUGCUCUAGCUAUCUACAGCAUGUUGACUAUGUUUGAGGCUUGGCUAGCUAGCUAUUAGUGAUGUGACUGUUGUUGUUGUCUUCUCUCAGGCAUUCUGCUAAAAUAAGUACAAAAGAAAUGUUUAAAACAAAAGUUAAACUGAAGAGUUGUAACACACAAGUAAAGAGUGAGGAGUGUUAUACAGUGCCACCCGAACCUGAUCCAUCCAAGCACAUAAUACAUCAUGAUAAUCAAGCAGUAGAAAAGAUGCACUAUGUAAGUGUCAUUCUGUUAUACUCUUGUUUUGCCUUUUCUAAUAAUUUGUUUUAACCUAAAUGAAAAUAAAUACAGUAUAUAAAAUAAAUAUUAGCGUAAAAUAUGUCAAACUAUUUUAUCUGUGAUUGCUCAAUUAUAUGGACAACCUUUCAACGGAAGGAUUAACACACCUUCCCUGUGGACCAAUCCUGAUUCAUAACUCUUCAUCUGCUGGGACUUAUAAACCUUCCUGAUUGGACCUGGCACCUGUCAAUAAGGCUGUGGGACUAUACACAGAGUGGAGUCACAGAGAUGUGUGUGCGAACAACAAACCGAUUCACCUGGUGCUACUAAGUAACUUACAGUAACAGACCCUUCACUCCCUCUGUACAGGGGUUUGGAGUGUGCUGAUGUCUCCUCAGUCUAACAGCAUCUCACACACAGCCUAUACCGACAUGGGGAGCACAGACACACACUGCCAACAGGGAAAACACACACACUCAGAAUUUGAUAUUCCUGUCUAAAAAGAUAGGAUUCACUUCAAACUCUGGACUUUGAGUAGCUGCAGCACCUCCUGAAUGUUUCAUAGUUCUGUGUUUUAUAGAUCUGUGAUUCAGACACCAGAGUGUCGGAGCAGGCUUGUUGUUGGCCCUAAUGCCCUGAGAUCAUACCCCUAUACUCUGUCUCUCUGUCCCCAGAGGGUAUGUGUUUUGUCUACUAUUGAGACUGGGGCGGGCCCAUCUAUAAGCCACACCCUGGGGCGUAUCUUCGACAUUGUAGUAGACGCUCAGGUGUGUUAAAUGUCAGACACGGGUGGGGUUCCUGCCCGACUACAUUCACAGACGUUGCAUUGCAUCAACGACUGCUCAGUCGGGCAUCGAAUUUCUAUAUCACAUGUGGUUAACUGAUAUGUUAAACACCUAUCCAGCUGUUGUGAGGUCUGGCAUGUGUCUGCAAUGUUGUCGGGCAGGAACACCACCAAUACCUGUUUUACAGCUCUCUCUCGCCCUCCCACUCUUCAUACCCCUCGCUCUCUCCCCUCCUUCGCCUUCUCUCUCUCUAUCCCUCUCUUUCUCCUCUCUCCUCCCUCUGAGCUGCAUCCCUGUGGUGUAUAGAGUCUGAAUGAUGUGUAAAUCAAACAUUAAAGAAAUGAUGUGUUUAAAGUCA